UAGUUCCAACUCUAACAAAUUUGAUUUUAAUUUUCAAUAGUUUUGCUUUCUAGCCGAGCAUCCCAUUCCCGAUUUUGCCAAAAAACUCACUGGACAGGCACUGGUCUACUAUGUCAAUAAUGCUCAACCAUUCUUCGAGGCUGGUCCUCCCACAAUGACGGAAAAAGAGGAGAGAAGACGUUUGAUGGAUGAAAGAUUGACUUUGAUUGCUGACGAUGAGCGUGCUGAAGAAAUCGAAACUGAUGAGCCUAUUCCCACAAGCUUUGAUGCUCGAACAGAGUGGCCUUUCUGCGAAUCCAUAAAGACCAUCCGUGAUCAGUCAGCAUGUGGAUCAUGUUGGGCUGUCUCUGCGGCAUCAGCAAUGUCUGACAGAAUUUGCGUCCAGACCAAGGGCAGGAAACAGGUAUGUAGAAAAGACUAUGUGCUCGACAUCCAUAUGCUAUCGAGAUGA